UUACGCUUCGCCAGUAACUGAAGAAGAACCGGUCAAAACAUCACGUGAUUCAAAUAAACAAGGAUAAAAACAUUUAAGGAAGUGCAGAAAUAUCUAUAUUUUGAAGGAAAUAUUUUGCAGAAAUAUUUUGUAUAUUGGGGUAUAGUCGAACACAAAUGUAUUUAGCCUUUUCCUGCUUCUGUGCUGUAACGUUAUCUGGCAUGUGACUGAUGGAUGAAUGAGCUGGCUACUAAACUAUAGUAAAGCCUCCGAUAAUAAAUAGCUAUAAAGAAGAUAUCGAUUAACCAUGCGGAGAAGACCACAGUCUGCAACUUUCACAUCGGCAUUUCUGAGCAGGGCAGGAAGUGAGAAGACUACAGCAGCAGCCACACCACGCUCCCAGUUUCACACAGAUCUAUGGCUCUGUUUCACUGUGCAAAACUGGAUACUGGACUUUGGAAGGCCAAUCGCUAUGAUCAUAAUGCCCCUGGAAUGGUUUCCUCUUAAUAAGCCAAGUGUUGGAGAUUAUUUUCACAUGGCAUAUAAUGUCAUUACGCCAUUCUUACUACUGAAGCUUAUUGAGCGGAGUCCCACGGCCCUUCCUCGCUCUGCUGUUUACCUCAGCAUCAUCACCUUUGUCAUGGGCGCAAGCAUACACCUGGUGGGAGACUCUAUUAACCAUCGUCUCAUCCUCAGCGGAUACCAGCUUCAUCUGUCUGUCAGAGAAAACCCCAUUAUCAAGGAUCUGAAGCCUGCUUCACUGAUCGACUCCUUUGAACUUCUGUAUUACUAUGAUGAACACCUAGGGCAUUCCAUGUGGUAUAUCCCAUUCUUCCUCAUCAUCUUCUUGUAUUUCACUGGCUGCUUUACACAAGUUAAAGAUGAGAAGAUGAGCACCUCAGGUUGGCUGCUGCUUGGCCCCAGCGCUGUGUAUUAUUGGUAUCUGAUUACUGAGGGGCAGAUCUUUGUCCUGUAUGUCUUCACCUUUUUUGCUAUGGUUGCCACUGUGAUGCGACAGAGGCGGAUGGGCUUCGUGCUUGACAGCAAUGGUCGUUUCCUCUUUUAUAACUUCAUCAUUACUCUGGGAUUGGUUCUGGUUUGGGUUGCAUAUCUGUGGAAUGAUAAAGUGUUACGCAAAAAGUAUCCCGGUAUCAUCUACGUCCCAGAGCCUUGGUCCUUCUAUACGUUACACAUCAAAGGCAGUUAAAUAUAACAGCAAAUCUCAACUACAUUUCAAACAAAUGGUUCUUUGACCAAAUUUAAUGGCACUAAAAAAUGAAUUAAUAUGUAGUCAGCACAGUAGCCUAGCGGUUAGCACGCUGACAUAUGGUGCAGUAGCGCUUUAGGGCGUCCUGAGUUCGAAUCCAGGCUCGAUGACAUUUCCCGUCCCUUCCCCGUCUCUCUCCCUCUUCACUUCCUGUCUAUAAUACUGUCCUUAAUAAAUGUACUUAAUAAAGGCAUAAAAAGCCAAAAAUAAAUCUUUUUAAAAAAUGUAAAGAUGACUGUUACUUUUAAGAAUCUUUACAAGGCAAGCAAGACAAUGCUAUGUUUGCCAUUUUAGUGUACUGAAAAACAAAGAGAUAUCUUUAUUGCGGCUGUAUGUCAAAUUGUUGUUUUUAUACCCUUGUUUGGUUUGUACUUCCCAAAUAUAUGAGUGUUAUAAGUCAGUGUGUGUGGUUACGAGCUAAAUGCUACCUACAGUAUACUGACCUACUUGAAAACCAUGGCUGUUAUGUCCUUGUUUUAUCUAAAUAAAGUUUGUACACCCUAUUUA